CUUCAGUUGAUAUCGUUGCGGUAUCUUGAUUUGUCACGAACAAGCUUGGAGCAAUUUCAUGUUGGGUCACAAGAGUUGACAAAGCUAAUCCACUUGAAUCUCGAGUCCACACGGAAGCUUAAGAGCAUUUCAGGGAUAGCAAAUUUGUCAAGUUUGAGGACACUUGGACUAGAAGGAUCCAACAAGACGCUAGACGUGAGCUUACUGAAAGAGCUGCAACUUGUGGAGUAUCUAGAAAAUUUAACCAUUGAGUUCAGUUCAGGGAUGGUUUUGGAGCAAUUGUUAAGCUGUCACAUGUUGGUAAAAUGCAUUCAAAAGAUGGGAUUAAAUAACCUUGGAGAAUCAACGAGAAUAUUGACUUUGCCAACUAUGUGUGUUCUACGUAGGCUCAACGUGUCAGGAUGCAGAAUGGGGGAAAUACAGAUUGAGAGGACAACUCCAAGUUUCCAAAACCUCUCCCGAAUCGAUAUAUGUGUUUGCUAUCGUCUUAAAGAUUUGACGUGGCUGGUGUUUGCUCCAAACCUUGUUGAUCUUAGAGUUAAAUACUCAAAUCAAUUGGAAGAGAUUAUAAACGAGGAAGUAGCUGCAAGGGUUGCAAGAGGACGUGUUCCUUUUCAAAAACUAAGAAGCCUCAACUUAUCUCAUUCACCUAUGUUAAAGAGCAUAUACUGGAGUCCUCUAUCUUUUCCAUGUUUAAGCAAAAUCAGCAUUGCAGGUUGUCCAAUGCUGAGACAGCUUCCACUGGAUUCUGAUAGUGUCGUCAGGUUUGAAGUAUUUUCAAUAGAAUACAGAGAGGAAGAGUGGAUCAAAGAGGUUGAUUGGAAAGACGAAGCUACUCAACUGCGUUUCUUGCCUUUCUGUAAGCUUGGCCCUGACCCGACAGUAACUCCAAAUAAAUAUAAUAGCCAGACUCGUUCGAUAAACAGUGUAGUUGGUGUAAGGCAUCAGCCAGUUAAUCAUUAUUCUUAAAAGUGGUCAGUGGACAUACGUUCGUUGUUUUCAACUUUUGUGUAACU